GUAGCCUAAGCGGCUAAAUGGUGCAAUAAAAAUGGACCCAAUAUUAAAACGUGACGAAGGAACCCCAAACCAACGAUGUGACCUCGGUGAGGAGCCUGAAAGUCCCCAAGAAGCAUGGAACUGGGACUGCAAAAACAAACACUGAAGAAGCUAGCUGCACUGCCAACCCAAGAUGUAAUUCCAGAAAGAGAGAAUAAAGGCAAAGAGAAACCGGAAGGCAAGUAACUAGGCAAAGAAACCCUACCGUUCAUUUCGUAAAACAGGACUUGCCACUGAAGAGAAGUCCAAGUAUCCUAUGGCUGAAAGUUGCUCUUUAACUGAGCGGAAGUAUAGAAUGACAAAGGAGUUCCUGCGAAGACUUUGCAGAGAACAGCAGCUGUAUAUGACACCAUCGCUGAAUGAUAACCUUUACUUACACUACAAAGGUUUUGACUAUAUCGAGAAUCUAGAAGAGUAUACAGGGUUACGGUGCUUGUGGUUGGAGUAUGGAAUACAGAAAUAAACUAAUUUGGAUGCUCUUGAAUUGCGUUGCCUUUACCUGCAGUUAAAUUUAAUUCAAAAGAUUGAGAACCUUGAUCAUCUGAAAAAAUUGGAUUCACUGAAUCUCAGCAACAAUAGCAUCCAAACCAUUGAGAAUCUGUCGUGUCUUCCCGCUCUAAACUCAUUGCAGAUUGCUCACAAUAAUAUCGAAACUGUCGAAGAUAUUCAACACCUCAAGGAAUGUCACAGCAUUAGUGUUCUGGAUCUUUCAUACAAACUGGAGGAUCCGCACAUCUUGUCUGUCCUGGGGUCCAUGCCAGAUCUGCGGGUACUUAAUCAUGGAAAUUCCGUCGUCAAGAAAAUUGCUAAUUAUAGAAGAACCGUUACAUGCUUAAAAGAGCUUACAUACCUAGAUGAUAGACCCAUUUUCCCCAAAGACAGAGCAUGUGCAGAAGCCUGGGCUAGGGGGGGCUAUCAGGCUGAAAACGAAGAAAAAAUGAAAUGGGAAACAAAAGAAAAGAAGAAGAUCGAGGACAGCAUUCAAGCGUUAGCUUCAAUAAAGCAAAAAGCUGAAGAAAGGAAAAAAAAAAUAAGAGAGCAAGAGAUGUUACUGAAAAAGAGUGGGAAAGGCGGCAGGAUAGAAAUGGAAACCGUUUUCAAAGGUAUGCAGAGAUUUUCUUGGAACCCCAAGGAGGCCUUUGUCGAAGACAACUCCGCAAGUACAAGUGAGAAAAAAUUUUCAGUGCUUGAUGUUACUGAAGAAAAUCUGAACGACAUAGAAGAGAUUGAUAUGUCAGUGAAAACAGGACCAGAGAAGAUGGUUACAGAUGACACAGUGCUUACCGACUUGGAUGAAGUUGAAGACUUAGAAAUUAUUUCAUGGGAGACAGAGGAUAAGUUGUUCAUUGAGGACCUGCCUGAGUUAGAAGAUGUAGAUGAUGAAGAAGCAUCAGCAAUGGAAGAUGUCGACACACAAAAACCCAAGAUUGAAGUGAUUGCAGAGGCAAGUAAUGCCCCUGAACUUCCAGUGGAGGACAAGGCUAAAUCGUCGACUCAAAAAGGAGUGAAAAAAGAAACGACAGAUUUCCUAUCAAGUGUAUUUGCCCUGUUCAAGGGCAGUUCGCAGAAGGCAGUAGGAGCUGUAGCAGAAAAACCGGAUGUGAAGCCAAAAAAAAAUUGGAAAAUCAGAAUUAGGCAAGCAAUGGCUUCAAAGCCAAUAAUUCAAGAAAUUAGUGACAACAAGCCUGAAGAUGAAGGCAACAAACCUGAAGAUGAAGACAACAAACCAACCUCUUCGAAGGCAAAGGCAGCCAAAGAAGUGGAAGCAAAAAGUGAUAAGCAGAACAAAUAAAGUGCAGUUUUAGAAGCCAGAAGACUCACCUGAUGUGGAAAUCAAGAAAAUAGGAUUUCAACUAAAUUAAGAAACAGAAGCAGACUCAUCACCGGUUAUCAUACCUCUGCUAACCAGCCAAAUUGUCAACUCUGCACUAGGCCAUUGUGUUACCUUAAGCUGGCUUCCAAUUUAGCCUUAAUAAAAACUGCUUGGUUCA